AUGAAGUUUCAAGCAUCGACACUCGCGGCCUUCGUUGCCAUUCCCGCCGUAUCCGCAACACUUGGGUGGCCGUGGAUAUCCCCCCCGAAUGGAAUUGGACAUGGCGGCAAGAACAGUGACAACGAUCUGCUUCAUACUCUAGCCGUGAAGGCAGGGAAGAAGUAUUUCGGCACUGCGACCGACAACGGCGAGUUGAACAACAAGGACUACACCAAGAUCCUGAACAACAAGAAGCAGUUCGGACAGCUUACUCCUUCCAAUGGACAAAAGUGGAUGUACAUUGAGCCAGAGCAAAACGUCUUCAACUUCACCAACGGAGAAGUUGUAGGCAACCUGGCCAAGAAGAACCACCAGAUUCUCCGCUGCCACACCCUAGUCUGGCACAGCCAGCUUCCCGAAUGGGUUGAGUUCGGCAACUGGACCAAGGAGACUCUCUCCGCCGUGGUGGUCAACCACAUUACCAAGGUCCUCACCCAGUGGAAGGGCAAGUGCUACGCCUGGGAUGUCAUAAACGAGGCCUUCAACGACGACGGUACCUUCCGCGAGACCGUCUUCUACAACGUCAUCGGCGAGGACUACUUCGCGCUCGCCUUCAAGACUGCCGCCAAGAUUGACCCGUCGACGAAGCUUUACAUCAACGACUACAACCUCGAGGCUCGCAGCGACAAGACCAGAGCCGUCCAGAAACUCGUCCGCAGCCUCAAGAAGCAGAAGGUCAAGAUUGAUGGUGUCGGCGCGCAGGCCCAUUUGAUCGUCGGCUCCACCCCCUCGCGCGAGGCGCAAAUCCAGAACCUCCAGGACUUCGUGGCUACCGGCGUCGAGGUUGCGCAGACCGAGCUUGAUAUCCGCCUUGCGCUCCCCGCCAACGCCACCAACCUGGCACAGCAGAGCAUUGACUACGAGAACACCGUCGCUGCCUGCGUCGCCGUGAAGGGAUGCGUCGGAACCACCAUUUGGGAUUUCUACGACCCAUACAGUUGGGUUCCAAGUGUGUUUGCGGGCGAGGGAGCGGCGACGCUGUACUUUGAGGACUUCACCAAGCACCCGGCUUACUGGGGUGUUGUUAAGGCGCUGGCAAGUGGAGGAAAGCACCCCCACUGGCCUUGGCCAUUCAACAACUAA